AUGAAAAUGCUUCUCUUUGGUGUCUGGACCCUGCUGGCCUUGAUCCCUUGUCCAGGGACCACAGAAGAGCUGUUUCAAGUGUCUGUUUGGCCAAAUCAGGCCCUGGUAGAGUUUGGACAAUCCCUAACCAUCAACUGCAGCACCACCUGCCCAGAGCCUGGGCCCAGUGGAGUCGAGACCUUCUUAAAGAAGACCCAGCUGAGCAGAGGGCCUCAGUGGAAGGAGUUUCUGCUGGAGGACGUCAGGGAGAACUCUGUCCUGCAAUGCUUCUUUUCUUGUUCGGGGGUUCAGAAGGAGACAACGCUUGACAUCACCAUGUACCAGCCACCAGAGCAGGUGAUCCUGGACUUGCAGCCCGAGUGGGUAGCCAUGGAUGAAGCUUUCACGGUGAAGUGUCACGUGCUCAGUGUGGCGCCUCUGCAGAACCUCACCCUCACCCUCCUCCAGGGUGACCAAGAACUGCACAGAAAGGCCUUCAUGGGUUUCUCUGUGGCAUCCCAAAGAGCUGAGGUCACCAUCAGUGUCAGAGCCCAACGGGAGAACGACAGGUGCAAUUUCUCCUGCCGUGCAGAACUCGAUCUGAGCCCACAAGGCGGGGGGCUGUUGCACGGCAGCUCAGCCACCAAGGAGCUCCGGAUCUUUGAAUUCUCUCAGAGUCCCCAGAUCGGGGUGCCAUCACUGCUGGAGGUUGGGAUGGCGGAGACUGUGAGCUGUGAGGUGGCUAGGGUGUUUCCUGCCCAAGAAGCUGUCUUCCACAUAUUCCUGGAAGACCAGGAGUUGAGCCCUUUCUCCUCCUGGAAGGGAGAUGCCGCGUGGGCCAGUGCCACCAUUCGGGCCAUGGAGACCGGCGGCCAGGAGCUGACCUGCCUUGUGUCCCUGGGUCCUACGGAGCAGAAAGUGAAGAAAGCAGUGCAUGUGUACAGUUUCCCUCCACCGAUUCUGGAGAUAGAAGACACUUACCCUAUGGCCGGGACAGAUGUUAAUGUCACCUGCUCAGGGCAUGUGUUAACAUCACCUAGUCCUACUCUUCAGCUCCAUGGAUUCCCAAAUCUCUCCGCUCCUGGGGAGGCUGUGUGGCUUCUGUUCACUGCCAAGGAGGAAGAUGAUGGCCGGAAUAUCUCCUGUGAGGCCUCUGUGGAGGUUCAGGGCCAACGAUUGGUCAAAACCACCGAGGUCCAGCUUCAUGUCUUAUACAAGCCGAGGUUUGAGGAAUCCGGCUGCCCUGGCAACCAGAUCUGGGUAGAAGGGAUGGAUCAGAUGCUUGCCUGCAUCCCAGAGGGAAACCCUGCCCCGGCUUUGGUCUGUGUCUGGAAUGGGAUGAUCAUUGACCUUGAUGUACCUCAGAAGGCCACCCAGAACCUCACGGGAACCUACUGCUGCACGGCCACGAACCAGCUAGGCUCUGUGAGCAAAGACAUUGCUGUUGUUGUCCAAGGACUUCGUGAAGGGAUCAGCUCCUCCACCAUCUUUAUCAUCAUCAUCUUCACCCUCGGCUUGGCUGUGAUCACCAUAGCACUAUAUCUGAACUACCAGCCCUGCAAAAGAAGCCAGAGGAAACGGGCACAUAGGCAGAAGGAGCAGAACAAAGAUGAGGAAAGUCAGUUUGCAGACAUACAGGCAGAAGACUGCAACUCACAUCACUGUUGA